AAUGAGCCUCGAAAUGUGGUCGGAAAGAUUACAAACUAUAUUACAGUUUUUAUAGAAGCAGAUCUGGUGGGGAAACUAAUCUGGAUUGGGGGAACUCCACUCGGCACAACAACGACUCUUAUUGGUGAACUGAGCCAACUGACCCGGUUCCCCAGAAAAGAGCCGGAAAUCCCCUGACUCUCCCUAACGGACGGCACCGAAGCAAACUUGCUUGAGUUUCAUUGCGGAGCUAAGUUAAUGCCAGGGCGCUGGUGUUGUUUGCUCAGCUACCACCAUGACGGCGGAAUAAGUGUGUACCAUCAGAAACUCGUCUAUCAGUUGGAGUCGCGGUCCCCUAUAAACAUGUGAAUGAUUACCCGGGAGGACAGUAAUUAUUAAACAUGUCAGGUGGAAAGCUGUUCGGCAAGGUGCGGUCCGCCUUGAGGAGGGAGCGCACCGGCUGGGACCUGAGCGACGCGGUUCCCUUUGACUUCUCCGACGAGCUGGUGGAGGAUGACGAGGCCCCCAAAUUCAACAAGCUGAAGGUGGUUGUCUCCGGAGAGAUGUCCGACUACUCUGCCGGGGCCCCGUCCAACGGGGUGGCGGUCAGCACUGUAGUGGUCCCACCUGGUGGUGGUGGAGUUGAUGACGAUGACGAUGACUCCCUGUUGGACUCCUCUUCCGGUCUGGGGAGCCCGGGAUUGAACAUGGACCCCUGUGAAAACUGCACUAAGAAGAGGGAGAGGAUCAAACACAGGAGGGUGAUGAAGAGGCUGGUCAUCGCAGCUGUAUUGUAUUUUCUGUUCAUGACAGGGGAAAUUAUAGGGGGCUAUGUCUCUAACAGUUUAGCCAUAAUGACUGAUGCGGUGCACAUGCUAGCAGAUGUGGUUGGUAUCCUGUUUUCUCUGCUGGCCCUGUGGCUCUCCACCAAACCACCCACCAAGAGAUUCACCUUUGGACUACAUCGCCUUGAGGUGGUGUCAGCAGUCCUCAGUGUGGUGCUCAUCUACAUCCUGACGGGUAUACUGCUUUACGAGGCCGUCCAGAGGACUGUACAUCAGGACUUCAAUAUAGACGGGGAUGUCAUGCUCAUCACUGCAGCUGUAGGAGUGGCUGUUAAUCUUAUAAUGGGUUUUUUGUUAAACCAAGGCGGUCACCUCCACUCACAUAGUCACGGACAUGGUCACUCCCACAGCCCUGCAGCACCCACAGGUUCACACUCAGGUGGGUCGGGUCAGCAGAGGCCCCACGGCAGCCUUGCCGUAAGAGCGGCCUUCAUCCAUGCUUUGGGAGAUCUCCUGCAGAGCGUCGGGGUGCUCAUAGCUGCUUACAUAGUCCGGUUCAAGCCAGAGCUAAAGUUGGCAGAUCCCAUCUGCACCUACAUCUUCUCAGUUCUGGUACUCUUCACCACAGUUCGUAUCAUUCGAGACACAAUAAUCAUUGUACUUGAAGGUGUUCCCAGACACCUGGACACUCAGCAAAUCAAUGAGGACCUCCUGAAGCUGGAGGAUGUCCAGUCUGUCGACGAGCUGAAUGUCUGGGCACUGACGGCUGACAAGACUGCAGCACUGGUGCAUUUGCAGCUCACUCCCUCUAGUGCCAACAACUGGGAGGACGUCCAGGCCAAGGCCCGCCACCUGCUGCUUCACACCUACGGUCUCACGAGAUGCACUGUACAGGUCCAGACUCACAGACAGAGGACAGUGCGUAGCUGUGCACAGUGUCAGCAGCCCAGCGUCUGAGAGUCCUCCUCACACUGACAUAAGCAGUUCAAUCCAGUGGAGAAAUGGACAAACAGGGGCGGUGCCGAAGUACAGACAGUGGACCAACAACAGAUGCACAUUUCUAAUUAAAGGAGAACUGCAGCCUCUGGGGACAUAAUACCACUUGUGCUUGCAUAGCUCUUUUUGGGUGGAAUUUGACCCCUUAUGCUGAAAAGAAUCUGAAAACCUGACCUUAAUUCACCAUUAAAGCCUUUUUAAGGCUUUAAUGGUGACUUUUUUGUGUUAAAGAGUUCGCUUUAUUUCAACUGAUAUUUGGGUUUUAAAAGGAGAUGUUAGUUUAUUCUAAUAUGUGAAGCUGGAUGCUAUAAUUGUAAUAAAUAUACAGAGAAUAUCUGCAAUUUUGAUUUGAUUUUGUAACUGGCCAUUGUGCAUGUAAGCCCAACCUUUCAUGAGCAGCAAGACUUGGGUUCCACCCUCCUGCAUUUUUUCAUGUUUGGCAACAUCACACCUCAUCAAAUGUGUUCACCCAAAGUCUGUUACCAGCCAGAUUUGUUUCUCUGUAAAGAAAACAAUGGUGGAUAUUUCAAAAGUAACAUCAUGGUGACUCCACUCACCAACACCUAUAUAACCUGACAUUUUACUGUUGCAAGAAACAGAGUGCUAAUUUUAAUUAAAACUGAUGACAUCAUUAACAGAGUAGGGAUAUACAUUUCAAAGUCGUAGUUUGCACAAAGGAGUGAACUGACACGUGUUUUCUGAAGACUUAAGAGAAUGUGGGUGGCAAUACCCGUCUUGGUCUCUGAUCACAACAAAGUAUUAAAAACUGGAGCAGUGUUUUUCUCUUUUUGUAAUAAAGUUUUAAGAUUU